ACUCACUGAUGCACAUAACUCCUGCAUCUCCAACAAGUUCGCCAAUGAUGGCAGCUUUUUGCAGCAGUUUCUGAAGUUGCAGAAGGCACAGACAAGCACAGACCCACCCCCUAGCACCUCACCCAGCACACCCACGCCCAGCACCUUGAAGAGGCCUCUGCUGCUCAGUAAGCGGACAGGCCUGGUUAUGGGCAGCCCACUGGGCCCUGUGAAGAACUAUUCACAUGCUAAGCAGCUGCCCGUUGCACACCGCCCAAGUGUCUUCCAGUCUCCAGAUGAAGAAGAGGAGGAGGACUAUGAGCAGUGGCUAGAGAUCAAAGUUUCACCCCCAGAGGGAGCUGAGACUCGGCGAGUGAUAGAGAAGCUGGCCCGCUUUGUGGCAGAAGGAGGCCCGGAGCUAGAGAAAGUAGCUAUGGAGGACUACAAGGAUAACCCGGCCUUCACAUUUUUGCACGAUAAGAAUAGCAGGGAAUUCCUGUACUACAGAAAGAAGGUGGCAGAGAUCAGGAAGGAAUCCCAGAAGCCACAGGCAGCUACCCAGAAAGUUUCACCCCCAGAGGAUGAAGAGGCCAAGAACCUUGCAGAAAAGUUGGCCAGGUUCAUAGCAGACGGGGGUCCCGAGGUUGAGACUAUCGCCCUGCAGAACAACCGUGAGAACCAGGCCUUCAGUUUUCUAUAUGAACCCAACAGCCAAGUGUACAAAUACUACCGGCAAAAACUGGAGGAGUUCCGGAAAGCCAAGGCAGGCUCCACGGGCAUCCUCCUUGCUCCUGCUCCUGACCCCAGCCUUCGAUGCAAGUCCACCCCUGAGGCCCUGCCAGGGGCUGUGCCCUCUGCCACCACCUGCCCCACCCCAGUGACCCCCACGCAUGCUGUCACCCCUACUCCAGCCAUCCCUGGAAAGCCCAACACUACAGCCACUGUGAAGAGGAAGCGGAAGAGCCGGUGGGGGCCCGAAGAGGAUAAGGUGGACCUGCCACCUGCUGAGUUGGCACAGAAGGAUGUAGAUGCCUCACCUUCACCUCUCUCAGUUCAGGACCUCAAGGGGCUUGGCUAUGAGAAGGGGAAGCCCGUGGGACUGGUGGGUGUCACAGAGCUGUCCGAUGCCCAAAAGAAGCAGCUGAAGGAACAGCAGGAGAUGCAGCAGAUGUACGACAUGAUCAUGCAGCACAAGCGCGCCAUGCAGGAUAUGCAGCUGCUGUGGGAGAAGGCACUGCAGCAGCACCAGCAUGGCUAUGACAGUGACGAGGAGGUGGACAGUGAGCUGGGCACCUGGGAGCAUCAGCUACGACGCAUGGAGAUGGACAAGACACGGGAGUGGGCUGAGCAGCUGACAAAGAUGGGCCGGGGCAAGCACUUCAUUGGGGAUUUCCUGCCUCCUGAUGAGCUGGAGAAGUUCAUGGAGACCUUCAAGGCCCUGAAGGAGGGCCGAGAGCCAGACUACUCGGAGUACAAGGAGUUCAAGCUGACAGUGGAGAACAUCGGCUACCAGAUGCUCAUGAAGAUGGGCUGGAAGGAGGGCGAGGGCCUGGGCACCGAGGGCCAGGGCAUCAAGAACCCUGUCAACAAGGGUGCCACCACGGUGGAUGGUGCUGGCUUUGGCAUUGACCGACCAGCUGAGCUCUCUAAGGAAGAUGAUGAGUACGAGGCCUUCCGAAAGAGGAUGAUGCUGGCCUACCGCUUCCGGCCCAACCCCUUGAACAACCCCAGACGGCCGUACUACUGAGCAUUCUGAGAACACAAGCCUACUUCAGAUUAGCCAUCCUUGGACUACAGAAUGUUCUGGCCUGAACUGCUGCCUGUCCUGUUGUCACAAGUGUUGUGCUAUGUAUUAAAAGUCCCAGUGCUCAUUGCCCCAG